UGUGAGGGUUGCAAUAUAACCCUCCGGUCAGCAGUUCCUGGACAGCACGCAUCUGCGAUUCUCCGUACAGCGCCGUACCCGCAUGGUCGAGUUGUUUCGUUACGCUAUAAAGUGGCAAUGGAAUCAGCAGUACCGGCAAUGCGGAACGUGGAAAUUAAAGCAAAACUCGGCGGGUUCGAGGCGUUCAAGCAGCUUGUCGCGACCGUCGAAGAGCUAACAGGCUCCGAAGGUGAGCUGAUCGUGCAAAGGGACGUGUUUUUCAACACUUCUAACGGUCGGCUCAAACUUCGCUAUCUAACGCACAAGAAAUCCGAACUGAUAAGCUACGAUCGGACGGAUGUACCGGGACCGAAACUGUCGUCCUAUGAGCUGCUCGAGCUCGAUGAUCCGUCCUGCAUGGAACGGGUAUUGGCCAGCACGGUGGGCGUCCGGGGCCGGGUUUCCAAACGGCGCCUUCUAUUUCUGCACGAUCAGACGCGAAUCCACUUGGACGAUGUGGACGAUUUGGGCUUCUUUCUGGAGCUAGAGGUAGUUCUUCGUAGUGACCAAACGCCCGAGGAAGGGAAACGCAUAGCGGAAGUCAUAAUGGAGCGUUUACAGAUUUCAUCGGCCGACUUAGUAACGGGCGCUUAUAUGGAUCACUUGCUGAAGAAAUAAAGAUAAGAAGACGCUUGGU